AUGCUCGGUCAGCCCAUGCGGACACCCAUUUUCUGCUCGCCAACCUCCCUGGGCCGGCUGGUGCACCCGGAGGGCGAAAAGGAGCUUGGACGCGCAUGCAAAAACCUCGGGAUACCACAGUGCGUGAGCACCAGCGCCUCGUUCCCGCUCGCCGAGCUGGUGACCGCCGUCCGGAGCCACCAGGCGGACACGGACUACGACCUCCCGUUCUUCUUCCAGCUGUACGUCGACAAGAAGCGCGCCAACUCGGAGCGCCUACUGCGACAGGCAGCGGAGCUCGGCAUCAAGGGGGUGUUCCUGACAGUCGAUGCCCCUAUUCCGGGGAAGCGAGAGGCAGACGAGCGGAUGCAGGCGGACGAGAGCAUCAGCAGCCCGAUGAGCGGCGCCAAGGCGAAGAACGACAAGAAAGGCGGCGCGCUGGGGCGUCUGAUGGGCGCCUAUAUCGACGACUCCCUGCAGUGGGCGGACAUUGCUUGGUUGCGGAAAUGCGCGCCAGGCAUUCCGAUCGUGUUGAAGGGUAUCCAGACGGCAAUAGAUGCCGUGAGAGCGAUGGAGGCUGGCGUAGAUGCCAUCUUGAUAUCGAAUCACGGCGGCAGAAGUCUCGACACGGCGCCUGCAACAAUACUGGUACUUCUGGAGCUGCACAAGUGCUGUCCACAGAUAUUCGACAGGAUGGAGGUCUUUGUAGACGGCGGCAUCUCGCGGGGAACAGAUGUUUUCAAGGCCCUCUGCCUGGGAGCAAAGUCGGUGGGGAUUGGACGAGGGUUCCUGUACGGGCUGAACUACGGGCGGGAGGGAGUGGAGAGAUAUAUCGACAGUGAGUUGAGCCCGCGUGAAGUAGUAGCAUUGUACUCCGGGACGCCUUGGCUUUACUGA